AUGAUUGUUACAGAUGGACCAGACACAAGUACAACAACUCUAACACCUGCCAAUACAACAUAUACCCUCGUUGAGAAUACACGCCUUGAAGACAUUGUAUGUGCGGCUGAUUGUUAUCCUGAAUGUCAAUAUAGAUGGACAAAGCCUGAUAAUACAGUAGUCAGCAACAAUGGAGUGUUAUCGCUUGGCAGUUUGAAACGGAAUGAGGCUGCCACUUAUACAUGUACAGUUACCCGGUCUCGGACAACUGUAUCUGUAACAAAACAAGUAUCAGUCGUUGUGAUAUAUGGUCCUGAUGCAGGUUCAGUACAGUUAUAUCCAGUAAAAAGAACUUACACAGAAAAUGAAGGUACUCGUCCCGAUGACAUCACAUGUUCUACAGCAUGCUAUCCAAAUUGUAUUUAUAAAUGGACAAAGUCUGGAACAAACGCUGUAGUCAGUAACACUGCUGUUUUAACACUUGGGACAUUGAACAAGGAUAAGGCUGCAACAUAUACAUGUACAGCUACAAAUCCGAAAAAGAGUGGUACUUCUGUUACUGAUGUUACCGUACAUGUAAGAUAUGGACCAGAUACAUGCACCAUAAGUCCAGCUUCUCCAUUGACAUUAACAGAAGGUGACUCAUCACCUACAGUGUCUUGCGAAUCAGAAUGUUAUCCUUCUUGUUCGCAUACUUGGAGUAACGUGUCAUCAAAUAGUCCUAUCGGGGGAAAUGGAAAAUUUCAGCUCCUACAGACGACAAGAUACCAAGCUGGAAAUUAUAACUGCUUUUGUAAAAACACAGCUUCAGUACAAUACGUUAGAAACCAAACUGCAGUUUUGCAAAUUAUAAUUCAAUACCCGCCCGAUGUAACUGUAUCGCUUUCAACUGAAGAUAUAACAGAAGGGAAUACACUCAGUAUAUCAUGUGAUGCAAACGGAGUUCCUUCAGUUUACAACUACAAUGGCUUAACUCAAACAUGGAAUGGUAACCCUGUACCUAAUACACAUACAGAAGUGAGUGGUACACCAAAACAUAGUUCAUUACAUAUACCAUUUCUACAACUUCAAGACUCUGGCACUUAUACCUGUUAUGUAAACAAUGGAGUGAAGACAGCAGAUACCGUUUCAUCAGUGACUGUGAAAGUAAAAGUUCUUCCAAAAGUAUUCACGCUCUUAUCAAUGUUUGCUGGAAGAGUUGGUGGAACAGUAAAUGUAAGUGUGCAGUUCUACAGUUUUCCUGACAUUGAGGAAGUAGUUUUCAAACGAUACGAUGACCAAACAAAAACAAAUGAUACUGCCAGGAAAUACAUAGUUUCUCAUAAUGAAACUGUUGUGGGCGAUAAGUUCUAUGGAAAAGAUGUCAGUUUAAGUGGCAUGCAGGCUAACCUGGUGAUUUCAAAUUUGAAGCAAGAGGACUUCGGAAGUUACGCACUGAUUUUGAAAAAUGAGCUUGGGAAGACAAUAACACAGUUUAUUAUUGAUGAAAAAAGUCCUCCAAGUGGUGCAUUUGAUAUCAAGGUAGACAAUAUCCUUCAAAACACAGCACGUGUGUCCUGGAUACCGGGUUUCCAUGGAGGUUUUGCUCAGACAUUUUUGAUACAGCUUAGUACUGAUCGGAAAAAUUGGAGAAAUGAAGAAACAAUUUUCGGAGGGACAGAUGAAAGUGGAGAACCAAUGUAUGAAGUGUUGAAUAAUCUACAGGAGUCAACAACCUAUUAUGUACGGAUGUAUGCCUUUAACAGCGAAGGAAAUAGUCCUUUCUCUGAAAUCCAUAAUUUCACUACUCUUCUUAUUACAGAAGUGCAAGAAAACAGUGCAGCUGCUAUUACAGCUGGCGCUUUAGGCGGAGCAAUUUCGGCGUUGGUUGUUAUAGCGGUAAUAGUAAUUGUAGUGGUCCUGGUCCGGAGAGGAAUUAUCACAAAAGACAGCAUCAGGACAAGGAUACAUAUCGCUAUCAGGAAAAAACAGAAGGAGCCGACCGAGAUGGAAACCUAUGGUCAAGAUAGCUCUAUAAGGAUGUAUGAACAUCUAAAACAUACCACAGACAGCGGGCAAACAAAUUUGUAUGCUGUUUUAAAAGCAGAUCUCCAAGCCACAGACAACGGCAAAAGCCAGUAUGAAAACCUUCCAAAGGAAGUUUCUACAUCUUCUACUUACAUGAAUAUUUCAACAGGCAAAUCGAACAAAAACCCAAAUCAAACAUACGAAAAUUUGAAUUUACGUUCGGAAAUACCAGGCGGAAAAUGAAUUGAUACUGGACAGUGUUUUACCAAUGAUAAUAUCGGCAAUUCAUGACAGUCGAACAAGCUUGCUAGGAAGUGAGUUACCAGCUGAAAUAAUAGAAUUUGUUGACUUAUAUCUGUUGAUUUCCAUUUAUAGUAUUAUUACUUUCUUUCAUCGUAUACAAUGAAGAAAAUUAAACAUUGCCAGUGUUCUAAGGUCUAAACACAUUACACGGAAGAGUGAAUAAGGACUAAAGGAGAAACAUUUUCAAUCCUAAUGCGUGUCCAUUGGUGAAACUAUAUGUUAUUGACUACAAGUUUCGAAAGUAUUCAAGAGGCUGGCUUUGCUCGUGCAGUUUACCAGACGUAGCUCAUUUAAGGCAGCGUUAUAGCAUUUGCUUUUUCACGAACUGCCUCAGUGUAAAGUAUAAUCGCGAUUUACAAAAAAGACUAAGCGGGCUUAUUGUUUUGAACAUUUGUGUUAUUUCUUCAUCAAUAUGUUAUAUUUAGACAGUUAAAGCAAUGUGAAUGAAAGAAGAAACAAACUUGAAUGAUUUAAUGAAUGAAUUACAUGGGUGUGUUAAAGUUACACGAGGAGAACCAUUCGACUUUUCCACAAAAUAUAAGCACAAAUCGUCAGUGUAUUGUCCGUCAGUAUCAACCUGGCACUCAUGAAUAUUCCGUAUGUUUCCGUUAAUUAAUUCUCGGUGUCCGAACCUAAACAACGAUGUUACUACUGAAAACCCAAAAUGUUAUACUAUCAAGUAUCAUAUGCAGAUAUAGCUGUGCGGACAAUACGUUUCGCCACCCUUCUCAGAGUUAUAUGUUCGAGUCCUUUUAUCUGUAAAAUUAAGUGACGGAAAACUUUAAACACUUAUCAUGAUUUAUCCACAAAAUAUUAUCGAUUAACAUUCAUCAACGUACAUAAAGCCGUCCUACAAAAUGUCUUUUAAAAUCUUCAGGACCGGACAAGCAUUCAUUCUUUCAACGGACAAUUCAAAGAACUGUUGUUAGCGACAUAAAAUAAAAUGUUUCAUAAAAUAAUAUAAUCAUAGAUAUAAAUACCAACUAAAGGAAUAAAUUAAAAAAAAAUGGUUCGAAAACAAUUCGAACCUAUUGUAACGUGUUUUCAAGUCGGAGAACUUACCACUACGCCACUGUGCCGUCAGUUCUCUAUAUUGAUUAUUUUGAUAAAUCUAGAUAUUUUCAGGACACAAAUAUCGCGUUAAAUAACGAAAACGCCCAAAAAUAUUGGCGAAGAAUUUGUGCCAGGUCUAUAUUGUCCGUAAGUAUUGACCUUGCACUCAUGAAUAUUCCGUAUAUUUCCGUAAAUUAAUUUUCGGUGUCCGAACAUAACUAGCGAUUUAAGUAAAUAUUACCUAAUUAUAUAAUUCUUAAUUGAUAUACUACCGCACGUGCAUGCAGCAGUGCGAACAAUGCGUUUACCUGCCAAUAUCAGGAUUGUUGGUUCGAGUCCUACGUCUGACCAUAUCUUUUUUCCCCAAAUUUUAUAUGCAGACUUACUAUUCAUUUGAUCAAACGUUUUGUGAUAUUUAUGGUUCAUUUAUUAAGAGUGAUAAUAUUUUCCCGUUGUACAAAAGUGGAAUAAAAUUGUUUUAAAAGUAUCUGUAUCUUUAAAAAUUAUCUGUUACCAGCGUUCCAGAAAAAAAGAUACUACAAGAGAAAAAAAUUAAAAUUCAUGAAAUAUGAUACUUAAAAGAAUUUAAACGAUAACAUUACAAUAGAUCUACAUUAAAUUGAAAAAGAAAGAUCUAUUCAGUAAGUGAUUUCGAACCCGUGUUAACGUGUGUGGAAGUCAGACACCUUACCUCUACGCCACCGUGUCAUUGAUUAACUUUACAUGUUACUUUAGUAAUGUAGAUACUUUAAGGAUAUUAAUAUUGCGUAAAUUAACGAAAAUGCCCGAAAAUAUUGGCGAAGAUUAAUGAGUGCCAGGUCAAUACUUACGGACAAUACAUACGGACAAUACUUCAUGUUAGUUUGUAAACAGUCUAACUAGGAUAUUUAAAAUCUAAUUCUAUUUAACAGGUAAUCAGGCAUGAAAUCUUACAGGCGGGGUGACAAUAUGCAAUGAUAAGGAAAUAAUCACUCAGUAAUUUACACAUUAUUAUAGUUAUACAGUUAUAUUUUUUUUUAAUUCAGACAUUCGUUUUCACAAAACUUAAGCUUAGCGCGAAAUCAUUCGUGGUAGCAGUUAUUAAACAGUCGUAAUUCUCUGAACAUAAUCGCUUUUUAUGUACAUAAUUAACAACACGAAUCUCAUCUAGUUUAUAUUCGUGUAUACUGAACAAUUGAAAUACUCUGGGCAUAUUCGCGGUUUCGAUAACUAGCAACUCGAACUUUAUCAUGUUAAGAACAUAUUAUGUAACUUAUUAACUGACAACGCAAAUGUUACAAGAUAUAUAGUGAAGAUUUUGAAUAUGUUCAAGUAUUCCAAUUGUCCCAUAACUAGUAAUGCAAAUUGCAUUAGUGUUAAUAUGUAAAUUAUAUAUAAAUACGAAUCCUAGUCAGUCAAGAUUCGUGUUGUUCAGGAACUGCUUUUGUUGUUUCCCAUAGAUUUCCAUUAUAAGAAAUGAUCCUGUCACAUAAAGCAAAAUUGAGAGAUGACCAUUAAAUGUGAUUCUUUCAAUAAGGUAGCAUUUCAGACACAUUUAAAAUAGCAGUUUUAUACAGGUUUAUCAAAUCCAUUUUCUUACCAUUUUUCAUCAUACGGUAUUAGAGGCAAAUGCCCACUGACAUUCAGCAAGCACGUGUAAAACAUUCCAAGUUUCACAAAAAAAUGUAUUAAUAGAUUUUGUACACAAAUAUUGCGACGUGGCUUACGUCUCAUUGACUCCUAACACCUUUUCCAGCUAAACUAAUGCCUCUUUCAAUUCUAACCUCUGACCUAAAGAGGGUAUACAAUUUCAAUAUACAUGCCUUUCAGCUAUAAUAACUUUAAAGAAAACACUUACCAAAGUAAAAUAUGUAUUAUUUUAUCUGUCACCCAAAAUCCAAGCCUUAUGUUCUAUUUUAUGUAUAAUAUGUCACAGUGUCUUAUGUCAACUGUACUCAAAAUAUUAAUUAAAACUACAUAAUUCUUACUAAAAUGACCACCAUGAAGUCAGUGUUGAGGCAAAAAUACAUGAAAACCCUCCUGCACUGAGUAGUACAUAUAGUUCCCUUCAAAUAAACACUACUUAAGUACAAUAACAAUAUCAAGCAUUUAUAAAGGUUGCGACACAGUGCUACCCAUCACCAAAAACAGUGAAUCUUUCAUUGUCAACACAUUUUCUCAUCCCAGUGAGCAAACACUAGCUGAUACAUACUGCCAUUAAAGCAUUUUAAGCCAUACAUGUCUUAAACAGUGUCAGAGUACGAGUUUCAUGACCCAGGGCUUAAGUAUCUUGAACAAUGAAAUCGGUCCAAUCGCUAAGGUGACAUUGUCUUAGACUAGUUGACGAACGAUUUAAGAUGGCCUUUGUUAGAACGUAUAGCUAAUGAGACCAAAUAUAUUAUAUAUAUUUUUUUUUCUCUGGCUACCUUGCUUUAUUCAUUCAUGUACCAAUGAUUCGUAAAUUAUUUUAACAUUGAGUUAGAUAAUUUCUGAGAUCAGGCAAAUCAACAGAUGUCUACAACUAAUAUAAAUCAGCUCCAACUCCUAUAGGCUGAAGAUAUCGUACUUGACUGGUCUUUUUCUUUAAGUUCCCCAUCAGACAGUGUCUUUGAAUCUACAAGAUACGAGUCCUGUAGUGUAAAUGCUCAUUCUAUGUCUUUUUAAUUGAAGCUGUAACUCCAUAUGUUCGCCCUGGCUCCUUGUUGCUCAGCGCCUAUAUGCUAUCACAUAGCAUUUAACAACGAUAUAUCUAUAACCCCGAUGCCUUAGCUGAUAACGCUGAAACUCGUCUAUCAGCUGGAGCUCUCCUACGAUCUCGGUAGAUUACCAGACACUAUGUCUCUGCCUCAGCUUUCCGUCUAUAGCAUUCAACUAACGUUUAGGUAAAACUCCUAUGCGCUGGCCCUAAAGCUCAAAACAUUGUUGACAUUUUGCAACUCUCCUUUAUUCUAUAAACUUCACACGUCUUUUUAAUAAUUUAUCCGCCCUGACACACGGCUACUAGACGCUAGCGCCACCACCACAAAGUGGUGAUAAGAAAAAGAGCUACCAAAACUUCCGUGGUGCAGCUAUCACCGGUUUCAAAAUGUAAACUUUAUAUUUUACGUUACAUUGUCCAUGAUAUAACCUAUAUCAAAAAAUCGGGGAAUGUUGUGCCGCGUAAGAACAAUUUCACAAUAGGUUGAUUGUAAUUUCGUUUAAAUAUUAUGUAAAUUUUGGUGUCAAGAGCUUUUAGCCUCAUAAGACGUUUGAAAAGGACGGGAUAUGAUAAAAACCAAAAAUGGCCCCAACUAAAUAUGAAUGCAAAACAACACCAUUUCAUUUGUAAUUAACAAUAUUUUUCAAAAUUAACCAAGCUAAAGUAAAUAUUUGUAUAUGAAUCAGAGUCAAGUUUCACAUGUGUUUCACAUUUGUAAUUUUGAUUUAUUACUCGGUUCUGUAUUUCUUGUAUUUGUAUUAACAUGUUCUUACACAUAUCGUAUCAAUACUCCGCAGUUCGUUGUAUCGUGUCUAUACUCUGUGAUUCGUUGUAUUGUGUUUCGUGUUUGUUUAAUCUUUCCAGUCACGCGUCUAGCCGUGCAUAUAAACAUGCUUUAUAAGAACAGAACAGAGCAGAACAAAUUUUUAUUUCAGUAACUUAUACAUAUAAAGUAUCUCGUUAUAUACAUACAUUUUAAAAUAUAAUAAUUGCUAGGUCACAUGAUAAACUUAUAAAAACAAGGAUAAAUAUCAAAUCUUAAGUAGAGAAAAAAAAACAUAUAGCAUAUUGAGGUCAUAUUUGAUGUGUGGAGAAUAGACGAAAAUACAUUUUGUGAUAUCAAUACAUUUAUGAUAAUUUCUAGGUCACAUUUCAAACUCAUAAAAACAAGGAUAAAUAUCAAAUCUUAAGUAGAGAAAGAAAGAACAUGUUGCAUAUUGAGGUCAUGUUUUAUGUGUGGAGAAUAGACGAAAAUACAUUUUGUUAUAUAAGAGAGAAGUCAGUUAUGCUAUCGCACGAAUAACAAUUUUUGGUGCAAACUAAUAUUUGCAUGGCCUUUUAUGCACCAUUCAAUUUCGGUUAAUGGUGAACGCGAGUUUUCCUAGCUAUGUGUAGUAUUUCUAUUCUUUGUAAACUGACUUAUUUUUAGGACAACUUACUUUGUACUAGUCCUAAACUAUUUUAUUUGUAAUUUGUAAUUGUUCAUUUAGUAAUAAGAGAGAUGUAUUUCGUGAAAUUUGCGUAUUCGCACGUUUGCUUUCGUAGCAUUACGCUUCGUAUAGUUUCAUGUUCCAUGUUCCUGAUUGUACUGUUUUAUUUUUAGGUCUUCUUUGUACCUACUAUACUGGUACGGUGUCAAAAGAAAUGGAAAAAAAUACUACAACAUGGUUGAGUUCACCGUUAUCCCCUACUACGUACAUUUUACAUAAAAUUGUAAAACAACAGUUCUUUUAAGACUAAGACAUAGCAUGUACUGUACAAGCAUAUAAUAAAAAAAAACAAAUGUCAUAGAUACUCGCAUCUUUCCCAAAUAAACAUACAUAAAGUAAAACACAAAGAGAAGGAGAUCAAACUAUGGGCGUACCGCCUAUGACCUGUCAGUUGCAAAAAGAAUAAAGCCGACUUAUGGUGCGCACCAAACCACAGAUUUUAUUUACUUCACAACAGCGGGUGUUAAGUGCUGUGUGGCGGCCGUAAAAAGUCGCCCCGACUUCAUCUCAGUGUUGUUAAAUUUUCUGGUCAUUCGGGAUCAUUGAUUUCAACUCAUUUAGAAUGAAGAUUGAAUACUGCUUAAGCCGGUGCUAGGGGGCGUGGGCAGUGUUGCAUUUUCCAUUACUGCUCAUGAACAGACUCAAUCAAACCGAGUCUGCAAUUUUCACUGUUUGCAUUGUUUUUGGUGCUUCCGAGGGAUCUACUUUCAAGAUUUUAUUUACGCUAACAAUGCUGUUUAUUUAAAGGAAUGUUUAAGACGAUAUUCCCACCAGAUGAGUUCCUCACACAAGAUAUGCAUGUUAAAGAUAAUCCAUCUGUUCUAUACAAUAUGUGCACUGAAAAGUCUGCUCCUUGUCUACUGCUGUUGCCUUUCUCAUAUCUAGAAUAUGCUGUAAAACUGAAAAGACAGCUGUCUAGUAUAAUGUUUCUUUAGUACUACGAGCUAAGUUGGAUAUACAUGUAAGAUUUUGUUACCUAUAAUAAGAUCUAGGCAGAGGCAUAUCGUGUUUAAAUUGCAGAUUAUUUUGAGAAAAUGUUAGCCAUUUUUAUUGUGUAUGUUGUAAAGGUCAACUUAAUACUUAAUGCUGAAACACAAUAAUAAAAAGCACCGGUACCCGGCUACUUCACCCUAGCGCACCACCAAAUGGUUGUGAUUAGGGAAAGAAGCUGCCGACAUUUCCGUGGUGUAUCUGUCAUCCGUUAUAAAAUGUAAAAGUUGCAAGAUGUAAUUAGAGUUAAUGAAAUUUCGUCAUGCAUAAGGGCUAAAUUUGUUCGAUGAAAAAAUAAUUGUCUAGAAACUCGCCUUCUAAUAAAAUAGAAUUUUUCGAAAGUUAUUCACUGUCAAAUUAGGAAACAUCUUAAGAUAUGAGACGAUUGUGAUGUUGAUAAUGAAGAUGGAGAAUUCCUUUCAACAGUUAGAGGAAUGGAGGAACAUGACACAUUAUGGUAUUUAAUUGAUGCAUUGAAGACUCUAUCAUUAAUUAGGCAGAUUAGUGAACUUAUUCAUUUGUGAACACUGUUAUUUUGGAUAUGAUUUGGUGGUGGCUCUAGUGUUUUUAUUGCCGUGAAGUUUCAAUGCUUUCGCUAAGGACGGAAUAUGUAUUCAAAAAUUGAAGGGAAGUAGUUUUUGGAACAAAACUUGUUUAUUUCAGUCUAGAUUUCUGCAAAACUGCACCGGUCAGACAAUUUGAUAAAAGAAAAGAUGACAUCACAGUAUGCACGUACUGAGUUGCUCUUUAAAUAUCAUUUGCUAUAGAGCCUAUUGAUAUAUUCAUCUAACUGUUUAUCAUCCCUGAGCACUGCAGUGAGUAUUAUGAACACAAUUAUCAACUGCAACUUACAAAUAUUCUUAUAUAUGCAUGUCUUGUGCAACAAAAAUAAAGCACUCAUAAAAAAGUAAAUAGAGUCUUAAUCCUAUUCAGCAAACACAUUCUUGUUCGUAACAUACUCUUAGGUGAAUAAACAUAACAUCCCAAUACAUAUUAGUUAAGUAGACAUGUUAUUCAAACUAACUGCCUGUAUAUGGUUUUACAUCACUUAAGUGCUCUAUUAUACUACAAUUGCACCUUUAGAUUUAAUCGUUUUAUAUAUGAAACAUAGUAGAAAAUGAAGUAGUAUCAUGUAACGUAUAUAGGAUUUUAGGUGGAAAAUUUCUUUUUUCUGUCACUGUUCCUUAUUCAAUAAUUUAUAAAAUGAUGCCUUUUCAUUCUGAAACAACUUUAAGUGACUUUUAAACAGGGAAAUUCUUUUACUCUCAGUCAAUGUUUUCAUGGGCUUUGAUGCAUAGAAUCAGAUCAGGUCGUAUGAAGAUGUGGCUGAAUUCUGCGCUGGUGCUUAAUCUGAAAAUAAAAAUGCAUUGAUAUUUCAUUAUCGAUAUAUAGUUCAUACUGUGACCUCGGACCUUUACGACAAAUUUGAGAUCUUUUACUUGGCCGCUGUGAAAACAAACUUUUUUGUCAGUUUAAUUAGGUACCCUAACCAUUUUGAAAAAAAUAAACCUUCAUUUGACUUGACCUUAAAAUAACUUAGCGUUUUCAUUUAUAUAGAGUCGAACAGACACAAUUAAAGGUCAUAUGGUUUCUGACCUUUCAUGGUGAUAUGAUGGUUCUGGACCCCAGGUGACCCAUCCGGUAUUACUAGAGAUACAACCACAUCUGAGCAGAACCAUCUAUCUCCGUAAAACAACUGGAUGGCUUCCCCAAAGAAUUAUAAAUGCCAAACUGGGCUUCGAACCCACAGCAGUAAUAGACAAAUGAUUACAUGCCAGCGACCUUAGUCAUUCGGCCACGGUUCCAACGACAUUUUGAUGCAGUAUCAAAUUACAAGGUGGAAGAGCUAAAACUGUGUAUCGACACAAGAUAAAAAUGCUUCAAAAUUAAAUUACUUCUGGAAAUUGUAGCAAAACAUGAAGAAACUAUUAUCAGUCUGGAUUAACUGCGCUAAAUCAGUUAUUAUUUAUAAUUAGGAGCUUUCUCCGAAACAUACUAGUGAUAGCUUUUCAAAUGCCCGAAAGGUUGUAGGUCGUAUGUAUGUCUGUCCUACGUCUAUUAGCAAUUUCCUUUUUGUUCAAUAAGUUGUAAUGCAUUGAAUUAUGAUCCUAAAAUGUGACCAUGCAGUGAAUAAUUUUUGAUUCCUGAUUUUAUGGCCAAUGGGUUAAUGGGGCAAAGGUCUAGGUAUUCACUCAGUAAUUUGGUACUACUUUUCUCUGAGGUCUUGAAAAUAAUAGGUACGUAGGCCAUGAUCAGCAAAUGUCCUCUAUUGAUUUUGAGAUCAAUGGAUGAAAUAUCAAUGUCACAAUAACUUAUAUUCCAGAAGCCUUAUCCACGUAGGAUGUUGAGAAGCGUAGACCUACAAUUCUCUUACUUGUUGAGUAUUUUACCAUUGGGUUCAGUAGUUCAGAAGCCAAGUUAAUACUGACAGAUAGCGUAAAAAUCAUACUUUCUCAUAUUUUGGGAACAAAUUGACACGCAACCUUCAAACUUAGGAGAAACAAUACCGCAGCUGAUGAUAUCUAUUGGUUUUGAUGUCAUAGAUAAAGGUCAUGAUGGAAUAAAAUCCCUUUCCCUCAACACUUUGAAAAUGACUAGAACUGAGAUACUCAAAGAAUCGUUCAUUGCUCAUGGGAUUUAAAAUCCUCUACUGACUUUGAGGCGUCUAGUUUUUUGUAAAGAUAACAAUGAAAGUUAGCUGGACAGACUAUUUGCCAUGGACCGCUCUCGAAUAGAAGAUCACUUAUUCAAAGUUCAGGACGUAUGUCAUGUAAGUAACCAGAUGAUGUGAUAUGUGAUGGUUUGGGUUCGUAUAAAUAAUUCCUUGUUACCACAAAAUCCACUAUCUUUCGAUUUAGUUGAUACAUUAUAAU